AUGGUUGAUACCCGCCAACUGCAGGGAUUGAGCGAGGGGGAUCCCUUGGGAGCCAUUGACAAUACUGCGCCUGAGCGGCCACAACCAUCGCAUACUCCGAGCUUGCCGCCAUAUAGCCCAGCCCUAGGGAAGAUUCGGUUGCUAACUGUCACUUACUGCCCAUCAGAGGAUGCAGAAGCCACAUCGCAUACUGCCCUGAUUCCUUGGACAAAUGAUUACGAAGCAACUUUGAUAUCCUCUAAAGAAGCGUUCGAGCAAUAUUUCCCACCUGGUUCCUCGCAACGCCGGCGUUGGCUCACCACACGUGUCCAAACAUCUUCCGGGGUAACAUGGGCAGAGUUCCGACCUGUGUUAUUUUCGCAAGUAGUUGGAGAGCUUGGAGUCGAGCUUCGCCUUUGUGAAGAUCGUCCGCCCAAGCUUGAUGUGACUGUCCUCCCUAUCGGACAUGAACGAUUGGCCGCAGAGGAAGAGUCGUACUAUCAGUUCAAAAUCAUUACUGUUGGACAGAGGAGCGUGGGAAAGUCGAUGAUGUUGCAAUACUUUACCAAACCCGAAGAAGAGCGGCUCGAGACUUUGUCCAGUACAGUUGGUCCAAGUAUGGAUAUCGCCAAUCGUUUUAUGACUGCCCACGGAGAACUCGUCAAGACUGUGUUAUGGGAUACAGCUGGCCAAGAGGCUUUUCGUGCAAUGACCAAGCCACUCUAUCGUGGUACCCACGGGGUCUUUCUUGUGUACAGUAUUGCCGACACGGAAUCCUUCGAUAAAUGUCUUGAAUGGCUGACUGAAGUUCGCGCACACGUUGAUGAAAAUGCACCAAUUAUACUGAUCGGAAACCAAGUCGACCGAACAGGAGAGAGAACAGUAGAGACAAACUCUGCUCGGGCAUUCGCACGUAAGCAGCUCGCUGUACACGAGGAUGUGCUCUAG